AUGCCGUCAUUUUCCAUGCCGCGGGGCUCAUGGUUACUGCUGAUCGCAGUUUGCCUGAUUCUCCUCCCUGGCAAAGCUGAGGCUUUUGGUGCUGGAAAUAUUCCCUCAAUUGCUCAGGUCGAAGGUCACAACUGGCGCCAUGGAGACAUUGAGGAUAUGCUCGAAACCAUUGCGUUUCUUCACGGCAAGAAAUGGACCUCAAUGCUGAUCAAACGUGUCUAUUUUGGAAACUGGUUACGCGACUACUCCCAGGCCGUUGAUAUUGGCAGUUUGAAGGGCGUCAAUGGCGAAACGAUCCGCAUCCUGGUUUGGGUUCUAUCGUUUAUGGCUCACGGUUACGCCACUGGCGAAUUCGAGGUCACCGCAGACAGACUCGGCGUCUAUCGUCCAGAGGAACACAUCGAUAACCCCCUCGGCUACGGAGAUGGACUCGAUGCGCGCACCUUUGAUAAGCGAUUGCGAGGUCCAGUCGAACCGGUAGAAACCGAAAUUGAUCCUCGCACCGGUAUGAAAAACUAUAUCGCCAACGAAAAUGGUGGCUGGGCGACCAGUGCAGCCUACCUGCGAUACAGUUUGGCCCGAAGCGUUCACUAUGGCCGUCUUUACACAAGCGGCUCCAGCAAGGGAAAUGAGGAUGACCUUUGUGAGGCAUUGAGAUGCUUGGGACAAGCAUUGCACACUCUGGAAGAUUUCAGUGCUCACAGCAACUACUGCGAGCUUGCCCUUCGUGAGCUUGGAUAUCACUCUGUGUUCCCUCACUGCGGUGAUCACACCGAGAUUAAGCUUCACGGCAAGCGAGUAUACCCCCUUGUGACAGGUACCUUUGGAGCCGUUGAUUUCCUGCACUCCGUUAUUGGAGAAGCGUCAGACCACUUCACUCAAUCUGAAGUCGACGAGGUUGACGUUGCCCUCAAAAACGCCGAGGGAGGAUCCGCCAACCGUUCCAGCGGCGGUGGCGAGCGAUCACUGCUCGGAGGCUUCCUCGGAAUCAAGUCUACCCCUGGUGACUUUAUCGGUUUAGUAUCAAAGCUCCCUGGUGUUGGUGAUGGAUUCGCCUCUCAGGCUAGGGACCUCAAGGCCAGCUCCGAGGCUCAAGAGCAGCGCAACCGAAGCUAUCAGCAGAGCCGUGGCGAUAUGACUCGCGAUAACGCCAACCAAGUCCCCGGUAUGAGCCCCGACUUUGACCCUGUUGAAACCGCUCGCAAGAUCUACCCUAUUCUUGAGUUCCGUGACAAGAUCGUCAAGGCCAUCAGCCGCGGCAUUGCCAAGGUCCCUGGCUUGGAGAAGCUUCUCGAGAAGAUCAGUGAGACUCUUACUGCUUUCAUCCUGGGUCUUCUCGCUCCCUUCAUCCGACCCAUUAUUCAGCAGGUGUCCAAGGUCCUCAAGGACGGUUCGUCCAGUGUCAUUACUGCCAGCGCCAAGUCUCAGUACGAGCCUUGGGACAACCCUUCAUGCUCUGACCCUACUCACUCCAUGUUGUCCAAGGAUCAUUUCACAAAUAUCCUCAACUCAUGUGCUGGUCGCAUCGCCGCCACCAUUCUGCAAUACACAGUUCCACGAGUCUUGUAUGCCUGGGAAAAUACUGGUGUUUCCGUGGACGAGGUUGUCAACGAUGUCCUCCGAGCAUUCCACCACCCUGCUGCUCGCGACAACCACAUCGAGAUCCAGCGAGAUAUGUUCAAGACCAUGAAAAACUGGGCUGACGAGCACCCUCGCCGCCACGAGCUUGCCCACCUUCUCUCUUCCGAGUCUGUCAGGAACCACAAGAACCACAUCCUCAACCAAGUCUCGGGCGCAAGCCGCAGUGUCGGUGGAGGUGGCUGCAACCAUGGUACAUUUGGUGACAUGUCUAAUGCAGGACAUGGCAAGGUCGCAGGCUCGCUGUGGUCGCAAGUCAAGACUCGCGACCUUGACUCUAUGGAGGGUAAAGAUGGAAACCCAGCGACAGGAUACAUGUCCAACUCGCCUGCCCCGCCUAGCCAGACCUCCUUCGACUAUGGACAGAACCCCAGUUAUGCAGGAUCAAACUCUGGAUACUCCCAGCAAGGCGGCUACAAUGCUCCCCCGCCGCAACAAUCAUACGGCGGCGGCUACGGCGGGCCUCCUCAGCCUCAGUAUGGAGCUCCUCCUCCAGGACAAUAUGGUGGUCCCCAAUACGGCGCGCCUCCUCCUCAGCAAUAUGGAGGCCAGGGCUACGGGGUACCCCCUCCUCAGUAUCCUCCAUACGGCCAGCAAGGUUAUGGCGGACCUCCCCCCGGCAACCAGCCUCCCCCUGGCUGGGGACAGUACCCUGGCUCACGCCACGGUUAUUAA